AUGGACAUUGAUUCAAACCAUCCUACAUUGAGUGGGGGUGAGGAAGUUGAGGAAGCAGAGAACAAUCCUACAUUAAAUGAGAGUGAAGAAAUUGAAGAACCUAAGAAGGGGAUGUGGUUUACCUCAAAGCAAGAAGUUCACGAGUUUUAUGCAAAAUAUGCUAAAAACCUUGGAUUUGCUAUAGCUUACAGAACACAGAAUGUUAGAUCGGAUGGAAAGGUGAAAUACUUUGGAAUUGAAUGUACUCAGGCGCAGAAGAGGACAAAAAGAUCAGAAGUAAACCCCCUGAAACCAUCUUUGUCAUCAAAAAUUGAUUGUAAAGCUAGGAUAAGAGCGAUUUUACAACCAGAUGGAAGAUAUAAGUUAACUACAGUUGUGCUUGACCAUACGCAUGAUUUAAUUCCUAGCGACUCACGCCAUUUUCCAAUGAAUAAGAGGAUUCGUACUCCUGUGAAGAGAAGAUUAGAAAUAAAUGAUGAAGCAGGAAUAGGGGUAUCUAGGAAUUUUCAUUCUAUAGUUGUUGAAGCGGGGGGAUAUGAGGCAUUAACAUUUGAUGAACGAGAUGUAAGGAACCACAUUGAAAAUGCUAGAAGAUUGAGGCUUGGGGUAGGAGACGCCGAAUCAGUUGCAUUUUAUUUUCAUAGGAUGCAACAAGAAAAUUCAAACUUCUACUCUGCAAUUGACUUUGAUGUAGAUGGUCGCAUACGGAACUUGUUUUGGGCGGAUGCAAAGGAGUAA